AUGACUGACGGCUUGUUAGCCGGUGUGUCGGACGCAGAGCGCCAAGCUUUACCAACUCUGUCCCAGCUGAGAGAGAAAGAUGUGGAUGACAUUUGGGGAAAUGUGUCCGAUUUCAUCCAGAUGCAAAUGUCCAUGCAAAAGGGUGUGCGCAUUCCUGGCUUGGGACUGUUCACGUUCUCUCAGCAAAAACUGGACUUGGGUAUGAAGUACGUCCUCAUUCAGCGGCCAAUCUUCCUCUUGGCUGAAAAACUCUCCCAGUCUCAUGGCCUCAAGCAGAACAAACCUCUUGCUCCAGCGGGAGACGUUCCGGUGGUGCAGCUCAAUUUCACCGCUCUGAGCAUGGACAGUCCUUUCCAGCGUGACAUCAUGGAGGGCUGUGUGAAGGAGAUGCUCCUCUUGCUGCUACGUGCUGUGGCUGCCCAGCGUUCUGUUUUCUUGGUGUUCAGAGGCAUCGGCGUCCUCAGGUUCCGUCACAGCGUCGUCAAGAUGAACUUCUACAAGGACUUUAUCUCAGGCAUGGAUGGCACUGGGACGCUCCUGACAGCUCUAACAAAUAGACCUGGAACCUCCAUCUCUGUGGUCUCUGGAAGACUGUCAUGUCUUCAGCGUCUUCACACCGGCAAUGCCAUCAUGUUUCCCAGAAUCCCUUUAGCAGAGCCACUGAAAGAGGAGGAGAAAGAUGACAAAUGUUCUCUUCCUUCAAUCAGCAAAACAGCAGAUAAACAAAAGCAGACUGAAAUCGCAGAGAACCAGCUUUCAGGACGACCCAUGUCCGGACUGGCUACAGCUAAAGCAAAUGUUAUUAUCUUCACAGACGACCAAGUGGCCAAGGUUUUGUCUGAUGAAACUGCAGGAUCUGCUGCAUCCUCUCAGCCACCAGAGGGCGGUGCUGCUGAAGAGAAAAUAAACAAAGAAGCUGCUGACUGCGGUCAGACCUGCCAUGACCACACCAGAGCUGGACAGGAACUAUGCUACGUGUGUAUGCAGCGAGCCCAGCGUAACGUCCCCGUGUAUGUCGCGGAUAAGAGGCGAAGAGAGGAAAGGGAACAGGAGAAAGUGCUGGUGCUUGCUGAGGCACAGAAGAUCGAGCAGACCCUCCAGAGAGAGCAGGCCGAGCGCGAGCAAAAUCGGGAGGAGAAUAAGAAAACUGCAGCUUUCAAUCUCAGAACUGCUGAAAAACUGAAGGCUAAAACGAAAGCCAGACCUUCAGAGUUUGAGGGCUCCUACAUUUUCAACGUACGCCCAUUUACCCCCCCAAAGCUCCUGAAGCAGAGGCAGUACACACAGGAGCUGACAGAGCAGGUGACCCAACUUAAACAGUCCCACGAGCGGAGCCUCCAGGAGGAGAAAAUUAUCGAUAAGCUUCAGCAGGUCCAGCUAGCAGAAGACUUGGCUAGACGAAAAGCUCAUGAUGUUAAGAUGAAAAAGGAGAAUGUCAGAAAGCUUCAGCGGGCCCUUGAUUACCAGCUGGAGUUCCUGGGCCCACGCAUCCCUGCACGCCAGCCCAACUCUGAUGUCCCGGUGUUUGGUGCAAGAGCCGAUGUUGAAGCAGCUGCACAGGCUGAAGAAAAGCUGCGAGCACGGAGGAUUUAUGCAGAUCAGCUGAAUGCAGCCACUGUGAAGAGAAACGAGGUUCAGUCAAAGAGGCUGAAUGAGCAGAAAAAAGAAAAGGAAAUGCUGCAGCGCAACCACAAGGAGUUCCGAGAAGAUCAGCUCGCUCGUCACGAGAAGCAAGGAAACAUGGCAGCUUUGCUAAAACAGUCGUUGAGGCACGGUGCUGAAACGAAGCGCCUCAGAGAUCUAGAGGAGGAGGUUUUUAUCAGGUCAGGCGGCAUGCUGCUGCUGGAUCAGUGUGAACAAUAUCGCCGCUGUUUCCAGUGUAAGAGAAAGUCGAGCAACUGUGGUGAGAGCAACAUCUUUAAGGAUUUCCGCUACAUCGCCGGGUCUCGUCUGAUGGUGUAGCCCACACGACCUUAACUAAAUGAUUGACUGAUUCAAGAACUAAAUCUUGAAAAUGUUACAGUGCAACACGUGGUUGCAUGAAU